CCCGUUCAAAGUGCUUAGAUUCUGUUUUGGUUUAUGUAGUGAACGGAAAGAGUUAGCUUUUGCAGUCUCACGACUUAAACUUCGUAUUUAAUUUACCGCACAAGCCUCUAACACAUUCCUGAAUAAUAAAAGAGCACAAACGGCUCGUCCGAAGGCCUGUUAUCUUCUGUCCGUGAGACGGGGGAGUGCCUGGAUUUGGACAUUUAGCUUGUGAGCUAACGUCAGCAGCAUCAGGUUGACCCAUGUCCUCUGAGGAGGCUCUCGGCUCCGCGCUCUCACACUGGCUGUCCUUUAACUCCUGGUGGCUGCUCCUGCCUUUCAUUAUGCUCCUGGUAGUGGCUGCUUUCAUCGUGGCCUUCGUGCUGCUGCUGUACAUGAUAUCCCCGUUAAUAAGCCCAAAACCUCUCAAACUGAACGGGGCCCAUGUGGUGGUGACCGGAGGCAGCAGUGGGAUUGGGAAGUGUAUUGCCAUGGAAUGCUACAAACAUGGUGCCUUCAUCACUCUGGUGGCACGAGAUGAGCACAAACUGGUUCAAGCCAAGAAGGAAGUGGAGAAAUGUGCCAUAAAUGAUAAGCAAGUGGUGCUUUGCAUUUCUGUUGAUGUGUCAAAAGACUACAACCAGGUGGAGAGCGUCAUAAAACAAGCUCAAGAGAAGCUGGGUCCAGUGGACAUGCUGGUGAAUUGUGCUGGGACGUCUAUAUCUGCAAAGUUCGAGGAAGUUGAAGUGGACCGCUUCAAGAAAAUGAUGGAGGUGAACUAUCUGGGCAGUGUUUACCCCACCCGGGCAGUGAUCACUACUAUGAAGGAAAGGCGGAUGGGACGCAUCAUGUUUGUGUCAUCACAGGCAGGGCAGAUCGGCCUCUUUGGCUACACGGCCUACUCACCGUCCAAAUUCGCCCUGCGUGGUCUGGCUGAGGCCUUGCAGAUGGAGAUGAAGCCCUAUAAUAUCUACGUAACUGUGGCGUAUCCUCCAGACACUGACACUCCAGGUUUUGCAGAAGAGAAUAAGACCAAGCCUCUGGAGACUAAGUUAAUUUCAGAAACGUCUGGAGUCUGUCAGCCUGAGCAAGUAGCAAAAAUUGUGGUGAAGGAUGCAGUGCAGGGAAAUUUCACCAGCUCAUUUGGACCCGAUGGCUACAUGCUGUCAGCACUGACCUGUGGGAUGUCACCUGUUACCUCCAUCACUGAGGGGCUGCAGCAGAUUGUGACAAUGGGUCUGUUCCGCACCAUUGCUCUCUUCUACCUGGGCAGCUUCGACAGCAUCGUCCGCCGCUGCAUGAUCCAGAGAGAACAGUCCAAAGCAGCAGACAAGAGGGAGUAGCACCAGCAUUCCCACCUCCAUCAGCACCACUACAUUCACACACACACAUCACAGCACGCACCGCCCCGGCAGACGUGUUUAAAUGCGUAGAAGAGGUCUACGCUAACAAAACACUGUUUCUGCUGUUAUUUUUUUCAGUAGACCUGUAAUAGGUGUCCAAUCUUUCAUGAUGUCUUUCAGGACCCUGAUCAUUCCAGUGCAUGCUGCAUCAAUAUUUCAAGCUCUUUAAACAAAAAAACAAACAACUUUAUUUGCAUUUAAAUGAUUUACUCUUUGGCUCUCACUGCCUCUAGUACAUUGUUUCAGAAGGUUUGUGGUCGUUCUCUAAACCCACACACACACACACACACAAACUACUAGUUCUUGUUCUAGCCUGUUGGCGUAAUGUUAUUUCAACACUAGAAUUAAUUUCAGUCAACUUUUAUUUAUAUUGAGAUGUUACCAUAUGCCGUAUAGGUAAAAAAAAAAAAAAUCUGUAUAGGUGAAGAACAACUUCACUUCCUUAUGUUACAAUGAGAUGAAGAACUGAUGUUCUUCUGACUGGUCUGUGAUGUUUGUAGUCAAGCACUGUAUCUUCCUGCUUUUAGAUUUCAUAGUUUUAAGGUACGGACACAGGACGUCUGUGUUUUCGGAUGAAACAGCCUGAGUCUGCCACUCUGCCUUAUCUUCUUUGCUCUGUGUGGGGGUUUCUGAAGGAAAUGUUUACCUUGUAAAUGUGCGUGCGUGUGUGUGUAUGUAUAUUUGUCUGCUUGUACGCAUGCAUUUAGGUGACCUCAGGGGCUUUUAAGAGUUCACUGAACUGAAGGAUGGGUCAGGAUAAGCCAUUGUGGUGGUAAAGGCUCGCUGGCUCGAGUCACUGCACCUCUUUGCCAACAGGUGGAGCUGGAGAUCCAAACGGAUCAGGUGCAACCAGAGCAAAAGAGCUGAUCUAGAAUCAGUCUGAAUAAUCAUAGUCGGAUAGUUAGACGUCCACAACCCCAGUACUCUGUAGUAUUGAAGGUGAAUAAAUGCGAGUGCAUUGAGUGUUCACGCAGGCAUUUCAAAUACUGUAGAUGUUGUGAAGCUUGAUCAGAUUUGUACACCAAAACAAGCAAUAUGGCUUCCACAAAGUGAAGUGAAUUUCCUCGUGCUCUGCUCUGUCGUAACGUCAAAUGGAUGGGUCCAGCAUAUAAACUGUGUUUUCUGAUUUAGGCCUUCCAAACUCGCCCCUUGUCCUUGUUGCAAGUCGUACCUUACUGACAACACAAUAGCUAGAGAGAAAAUGACACUUACUCAUGCUGUUGUAAUAUUUGCCUUCCUCACUGUCACAAGUAAUCACAUGUGAUGUGAUCACACCCAAAGCGGAUGUUUAUGAGGAGUCCGUCUCUUUAAUGCCUGAAUGCACAGAAAAAUGUCAAUUUAAAGGGAUAGUUUACUCAAAAAUUAACAUUCUGUUAUUGUUUACUCACGCUAAUGUUCUUCCAAGCCUGUAGGACUUUCUGUUUUCAGUAGAACACAAAAGGACAACUUUAGAGAAAUGUUCAUGCUGCUCCUUCCCUUACAGUAAAAGUGAAAAGUGACUUUAAAUCUGCAAAAAGAACCGUAAAAGUGAUCCAUAUGUGAUGCAUUUGUGGGAGAAACAGAGAAGUUUAAUCCCCUUGAAUGUAUUGUACAUGAGAUUUGAGAGUUGUAGCAUAGAAACAGUUUAUUGUCAAUGAUUACUGAUUUUGAAUUUGGCUUCAUAUGGCUUGAAGACUUGAAAUAAAAUUGAGGUCAAAAGUUUACAUACACCUUGCAGAAUCUGCAAAAUGUUAAUUAUUUUACCAAAAUAAGAGUGUUAUUUUUUUAAUUUAGUACUGACCUGAAUAAGAUAUUUCACAUAAAAGAUGGUUAAAUAUAGUCUAAAAGAGAAAAUAAUAGUUGAAUUUAUAAAAAACGACCUGGUUCGAAAGUGUACAUAUGCUUGAUUCUUAAUGCUGUGUUGUUACCUGAAUGAUCCAUAGCUGUUUUUUAACCUUCAGGUCCCACAAAUUCUUUGGUUUUUCAGCAUUUUUGUGUAUUUGAACCCUUUCCAACAAUGACUGUAUGCUUUUGAAAUCAAUCUUUUCACACUGAGGACAACUAAGGUACUCAUAUGCAACUAUUACACAAAGUUCAAACACUCACUGAUGCUCCAGAAAGAAAAACAAAUCAUUAAGAACGAGAGGGGUGAAAACUUUUAGAAUUUGAAGGGUGAAUUGAACCUAUUUUGUCUUUUGGGAAAAAUGUAAGUAUCAUCUGUAGCUUCUGAAGGGCAGUGCUAAAUGGAAAAAAAUAUAAUAUUUAGGCAAAAUAAGAAAAAGUCCACAUCUCCAUUCUGUUCAAAAGUUUUCACCCCUGGCUCGUAAUGCCACAUGAAUGUUUCCUUCUGAAGCAUCAGUGUUUGAACCUUCUGUAAUAGUUGCAUAUCAUAAUCAUACAGUCAUUGUUGGAAAGGGUUCAAAUAAACCCUUUUUGAAUUUUUGGGAACUGAAGGAUUUUUCUGAAGAACAGGUAAACUUGAACAGGUAAUUUUUAUAAAUUUAACUGUUGUUUUCUCUUGUGGACUAUAUGUAAACGUCUUUUAUGUGAAAUAUAUUAUUCAGGUCAGUACUAAAUUAAAAAAUACCAUGCAUUUUGUAUGAUCCCCUAUUAUUUUGGUGAAAUAAUUAAAAUUUUGCAGAUUCUUCAAGGUGUAUGUAAACUUUUGACUUCAACUGUAUAGUGUGCAUGAGUCUUAUGAACUACAUUUAUGGUGCAUUGUUCUUUUUAUGGAAAAGAGCAGUGUGAACAUUUGGCUAAAUUUCCCUUUUUGGUUCCACAGAAAAAAAGAAAGUCCUACAGUUUGGGAUUUUUAUUUUUGGUUAAAGUAACACUUUUAUUCAAUACUUUUUUAUGCUGCUCUGUUUUCCCUAGAACGCACCUGCAAACUCAUCACCAUACCUUUUUUUUUUUUUUUUUAAAUAAAUCUUACUUUCAUAUGACACCUAAUAGUGAGUAUUAGCCCGUAAUGUGAGGUUUGUCAUUUUUAUUUCUUGAAACUUCCAUAGUUUGGAUUGUAAAAUGUUAUUUUAGAGUUUAGGUUUCUCGUCACAUUCGUGUUGCUAACUAAUCAACAUGUAGUUGUAGUCUAAUAUCAGAUUUUUCAAAAAUGAUUUUGACUGCUAAUUUCAAUACAUUUAAGAAGAAAAAAAAAAAACCUUUUGUCUUGAGUUUGCAGGUAUACUAGAAACCCAAUACAGUCAGGCACUACAGUCAUGGAGGCCCAUUUCCAAGCCUUAAGACAUCCAAACACAGACCACUAUAAAAGCUAUAAGGGUUGAUACCUCCACAUCCAACUAUGGCAUAGAUUGUGUAUGGUUUACGUAUUUGUUUCAGUAUGAAAAAAGACAUUGUUUUUGCUUGUUUGUGCAUUAUUUGCUAUGGAUAUCUUUUACAAAAAAGCCCAAAAUAUGAAAAUGAGAAUGCAUGAGUUGAAACGACGAUGUUCUCAUUUGAUAUUGGCUCAAGGCACGUCGUCCAGCACAUAGUAGCUAUAAGUUAGGUGCCGAUAUGUGUCGGACAUACGAUUCGGUCGUGCCCUCUUCCAUAACACAUGGACGUAGUCAUUUGUUUAGUCGUUUAAGAAGCUAACAGUAGAGAAAUUGUUUGAACUCCUUAAAGCUAUGCAAAUCAAGCCUGUGCUCACACUUCAUUCAAAAACACACAAGAGGACACUUGCAUUUUAGUUUUGUUUACCGUUUUCUGCUAUAGUUCACUGUUUCAUUGACUGAAGUUAAGAUGUUUCUGAGAAUAAGAUAUAUAGUUUGAGUAACUUUUAAAAGAAAGACCAAGACCAACUUGCGUUCUGCUUAAAUGUUUUAUAAGUUUCUGUUUUCCUUGUUCAUUUGUUGCCAAACUUGCAUAAAUUUCACCUUGUGUGCCAUGGGAGAAAAAGAGGAUGUUGUUGCUUUGUCUUAUUUUCUUACAUAAUGAAAUAAAUAACUUUUGAAAGGUAA